CGUGUGCGGCUGGCAACGGGGCUGGCCCGCCCUCGCCUCGGAGCCCUAUGGGCCCGCCCCCGCUGUCUCCCUGGUGGGGAGAGGGGGCCGUUAGUUCGCCCACUCCCCCUGCUCCGCCGCGCCCCUCCUCCCAGCCCGCUCCGCCCGGGUCUCCGGCCCGGCGCCGUUACCACCCCUUUUGGCUCGUCAUUUCCUCUCUUCCCCGCCCCGUUCGCAGUGGCAGGACCGCACACCUCCGUCUUGGAGCCCAACCAAGCGGUCUCCGUUUCUUGUCCGGGCUGUAAGACCAGUCCAUUCGGUGCCUGGAACCUCACUCUUAGAAGAUUGAUACCCUUGCGCAUUCUUCUUCCCGGAGGCUGCACAACUUGCUGUUCAUAUUACUAAUCUUAUCCACUGCUCAUUUUGUGAAAUAUCCCUCCCUUGGGAAUGUAGUACAGUUUUGGGGUUUUUUUUUUCCUUUGUUUUUGCUUUCGCCUUUCUAUGUUACUUUGUGUCAGGCUUUAUCCAGUCCACUCAUCUCUUGGUUUAUGUUUUUCUGAUACACUUUCAAAUCCUGUGUUAACGUUUUCUCAGCAGAUGUUUAGAAACUAACAGUGUUGUGGGGUUUUCCUUAGGGUGAGAGGUUGCUGUUGGCAACCAAUUAUCCAGCAGUUAGUAUAUGCCAGGUAUAAUCCGUGGGAGGGAGUACGUAGAGGUCAAUAAGAACUGUGCCUACCUGAUGGAAAUUGACAGGUGAACAGGUAGUUAAUACCUAACGGUUAGUGCUAUAAAGGGGCCAAGUUCAGUGCUGUGAAGUAUCCAUGCGUGAGCUAGCCUCCGUGAAAGGCUUAUCACCACCGCACUUUUGACUGGCCUUGAAGAAUGAUGGUAAUUCUUCCACAGGAAAGAUGGAAGAGCUUGCUCGAAGAGAAGAAAAGCAUGUGCGGAGGAAUCACAUUACACUGUUGGAGGCAGGAAGAUGGAAUAGGGAAGUGGGCAGUGGUAGUGAUAGUUUAGGGGGGAAAGCCCAGUUGGUAAAAUACUUGUAUAUCUUGCUAAGGAAUAUUUUGGAAACAGUUAUUAUUUUGUAUGGAGGUUCAAGUAGAAGGGAUCUAGAGCUAUAUUUUUUCCUAAGAUUGAAAAAACGAGUUUCUGACUUGUUUAUGGGUUCUGCCCCGUGAUAGUGGCUGAGUUCUUUGGGGAGGAAGAGGAGACUUGUCCUAGGACUCUGAAAAUUAUUUUUACUCAUGCGAAUCAUCUAGUGCAUUCCCUGGCACAUAAAGGUCUUAAGUAUCUGGUGCCCAUUUCUAAAUUCACAUUUAAUGUUAUACAACUAGUAGGUUUCAGAAAACUCGUAUUCCAGUGCUCUUUCAUUACUAAAACUUCGGGGACAGGUUUUAUUUUCACUUUUUAGGGAGUGUACCUCACAGCCUUCUAGGAUCUCCAGAGUGGACAGGAAUCUCACUUGGAGGGACCAUGGAGCAGUAUACAGCAAACAGCAAUAGUUCGACAGAGCAGAUUGUUGUCCAGGCAGGACAGAUUCAGCAGCAGCAGCAGGGUGGUGUCACUGCUGUGCAGUUGCAGACUGAGGCCCAGGUGGCAUCCGCCUCAGGCCAGCAAGUCCAGACCCUCCAGGUAGUCCAAGGGCAGCCAUUAAUGGUGCAGGUCAGUGGAGGCCAGCUAAUCACAUCAACUGGCCAACCCAUCAUGGUCCAGGCUGUCCCUGGUGGACAAGGUCAAACCAUCAUGCAAGUACCUGUUUCUGGAACACAGGGUUUGCAGCAGAUACAGUUGGUCCCACCUGGACAGAUCCAGAUCCAGGGUGGGCAGGCUGUGCAGGUGCAGGGCCAGCAGGGCCAGACCCAGCAGAUCAUCAUCCAGCAGCCCCAGACGGCCGUCACUGCUGGCCAGACUCAGACACAGCAGCAGAUUGCUGUCCAGGGACAGCAAGUGGCACAGACUGCUGAAGGGCAGACCAUUGUCUAUCAGCCAGUUAAUGCAGAUGGCACCAUUCUCCAGCAAGUUACAGUCCCUGUUUCAGGCAUGAUCACUAUCCCAGCAGCCAGUUUGGCAGGAGCACAGAUUGUUCAAACAGGAGCCAAUACCAACACAACCAGCAGUGGGCAAGGGACUGUCACUGUGACACUACCAGUGGCAGGCAAUGUGGUCAAUUCAGGAGGGAUGGUCAUGAUGGUUCCUGGGGCUGGCUCUGUGCCUGCUAUCCAAAGAAUCCCUCUACCUGGAGCAGAGAUGCUUGAAGAAGAGCCUCUCUACGUGAAUGCCAAACAAUACCACCGUAUUCUUAAGAGGAGGCAAGCCCGAGCUAAACUAGAGGCAGAAGGGAAAAUUCCAAAGGAGAGAAGGAAAUACCUGCAUGAGUCUCGGCACCGUCAUGCCAUGGCACGGAAGCGUGGUGAAGGUGGACGAUUUUUCUCUCCAAAGGAAAAGGAUAGUCCCCAUAUGCAGGAUCCAAACCAAGCCGAUGAAGAAGCAAUGACACAGAUCAUCCGAGUGUCCUAACCCCACGCCAUGUGAUGGAGCUGAUCAAGGUCAUGUUUCUCACUGUUCCAGGAAAUUGAUCAACUCUUCCAAUGGGACAUUGAUGAUCACAUUCUGCCCUUUUCUACAGGACAGAAACCACUUAGUUUUUAAUAAGUGGCUCAGUAUUACAAUUGCAGCGAUGCCUGGCAAAUUGAAGUUGCAAGCCUUUGUCUUACUCUUUCAGUCAGGACCUAUUUCAGACUGUUGAUGACAUUGACAUUUCAUGGAUUCGGAUGAUGCAAGGAGACACAUGCCACCCCAGCAGUACACAAAGCACUUACCUUGACUGGUGAAGUCAGCCAGCCAUCUCAGCAGGGAAGAACAACCUUCUCAACCAAAACUGCAAUCAGGAAAGCGGCAGCCCACUCCUUCCCAUGGAAUCUAGACAGCAUCUAUCCCUCUGGUGGGGGAAUCUCACACUGACUAACUGAAUGGACGUUUUGUAUUCAGAGAUGGCUUCCAGGCAAGGAAGUUCUAUCUUGUGAUAUGGAAACAAUAAAUUCCUGAGAUACAUUCUUCCAAUCUGUGGUAAUAAUAAGAAUUCCUCUCUGCCCAUAUGGUAGGUUGAUAUUUCUGGACUCUAGCCAAGAAAAAGCUAAUUCUGGGGAUAGAAUGAUAAAAGACUCAAGCACUAAAAAUAUACAUUGCCGAAUCUCUUUUUCUAGCUUUGAAAAGUUGUGGCCUGCUUGUCCCUCUGUUGACUGGUCAUCUGGACCAUCAUACUUGCUGUGGCUACUUCUAAGACAAUGUAGAGGGUUAUUAAACCUUGAAACUGCCUUUCCUAAGUAGAGAACAAGACUAUUCAACAACUUCUUUGCUGAAGCACUGAGGAGAUUUGUAAUACUCCUAAAGGAAGGGCCAAACUAGAGAUUUUCAAUCAUAGACUUUGUGACAGCAUUUGGGGAACUGAAAGAUUCAUGUGUUUCAGCCUAGGGGGAGAGAGUGGGGGAGAGGAAGAGAGAGAGAGAGUAUGUACACCCGUAUGUUAUCAUAGAGCACGAUUCUCCAGUGGAUGGAUACCUGGAAUGGAUCAUUAAGAUGAAGAGAGUAAUUCACAUUUACUCUAGAACCUUUAACAAGCACUGAAAGGAAGAAGCCUGAGAUUUGAUCCUUGACAAUUUCUGGAAAGCACUGAUCAGUCACACUGUCCUGGACAGAGUCCAAGUUACCCACUAAAGCUUGAGGUGGAUGUUGGCUUCACUCCUGCAGCACAAUGCUGGCCCUAGAAAGCGAGCAUUUUCAUUCUUCCCAUGGCAGCUGAUUCUUUGGUGCCAGUUUUCAUGUUUUCUCCAUAGGCCUUGUGCAGAAAGGUUUUCUCAUUGCAUCCAUACUGUGAGAAUAAACUGCAGACUGAAAGAAACAUGCCUGCAGGGUCAGGAGCUGGGCCACUGUUCCCAGAAUGGGUUGUGCCUCAGAAAUGUAUUUCUCUUUUAGAUGUUGAACCCUGAGAGAACUAAGAUGAUAUUUCAGAAGAGUUGGCUGCCUUCUCUGAAAACAAGGAAAACCCAAUAAUUCUGAGGAACAUUGGGGGUUAAAUACCAAGAAUAAAAAUUGGUUCUUCUUUGACUUCAGCUUAACUGUAUUAAGACAGAAAUUAAGCCCUCUAAAAACACCACAAAGAGAGAUGAUCGUAAUGAUAGAAAUAGAGGUACAGAGCUAUGCAAAGGAAACAGGAAGUGAAAUAUUCCUAGUCCCAGGGAUCUGGUAAUCGCUCCUGGCUUCCAGAUGUCAAAGGACUGAUCCUUUGGUAAGCUCACUAGAAACUUUUAGCUCUACAAGAGUUUGGGAUAUUAAUGUUAUUCAGUAAGUCCCAAGUUUUUCAGAGAAUAGAUUAUUAACAAUGAGGAAUUUAUAUUCCUUGGUUAAUUUAGGAGUCUAAGAUGCAGAGUUCAGAAAGAAAUUACUCAGACCUAACUUUGAGUGCUUAAGCCGCCAACAGUUAGAAGAUGCUAUUUAUUUGUGUCUGUAAGUUUGUACAUAGUAAUGCCAGCCUUGUUGCUGAAUUUUUUAUUUGUGGGGAGAUGAGUUUGAAUUUUGUUUGAAGUGCUUCAGUUGUCAUUUUGUCAUUGCAUUUCAAAUAGCUCAUGACCCUUUUCUUGUGGUCACUUUGGCACACCGUAGUAGCCCACAAAGUGGGGGCAGGGUAUUGACAUUUGGAUUUUUUCUUUGAUACUAGUUCUUUUAUUCAUUUUUAUUUGUGACUGUAGUGAUGACUUUACAGAUGGAGAAAGAGUGAAUGGAUGAAUGAAUAAUUGGUUUAAUGCCUAGUUAUGCAACUUGAGUGCUUUUUUUUUUUGCAGGAUAAUUUUAAGGGUAUAUAUUUUAACUGCACUGGUACAUUGAACAUGUCAGUGUCGAUGCCACUGGACCAACAGCAUUUUGUGGCUAUAGGGUGCCUGAUAAUAAUGUCUUGAUUUCUCUUUGGGAUUCAACUAUAUCAAAGGUUUUUCCCCCAGCAGUAUGGGGGUGUACAGGUGAUCGAUCAUUAAUGUCAUUGCAAUUGUUAUUUUUUAAAAUAAAUUUAUAAAAAUAACCGAAAA